GUCAGAAAAUUUGUUUUGAACACACUUGCUAAUAAUGUUUCUGCAGCAGUUUUGUGUUGUAUCGGUUCUCGCAAUUGCAUUUUUCAACUCAGUGAUCUCUUCCAAUCAAGAACAAUUUUCAGCCAUUGGUGAUCCUGGGAUGAGAAGAGAUGGUCUUAGAAUAGCCAUUGAAGCAUGGAAUCAGUGCAAUGAGGUUGGUGAAGAAGCUCCAGAGAUGGGGAGUCCAAGGCAGGCAGAUUGCUUUGACAUUGACAAUUCUACUUCACCCAUCAGCUUAAUACAUAGGGUGACUGAGAGGGAGAACAAGCUUGGUAUAUCAGAUGCUUUCUAUCAAGGACUCUGGACCACCACUGUUGAUCAAUAUGCGGCGUGGAAGGAACUAUACUUGGGUGAUAAAUGCGAAGUUAAAGAUGAACCAAAGCCAUGGCAGUUCUGGAUGAUAAUGCUCAAGAGUGGAAACAUGGAUACAAUGGCAGCAUUGUGCCCUAAAAAUGGCAGGAAAGUGUUCCUUCCCACACCAGAAACUGGGUUCCCAUGCUUUGGGAAAGGUUGUAUGAACAUGCCCCAGAUUUAUCAUAACUAUACUACUAUUCAGGAAGGCAAACUGAAGGGGAGCUUCUAUGGAACAUGGGAUUUGGAUAAUGAUGACAUUGAGAAGGCAAGAACGGAUAAAAAUUCUUCGUACUCGUAUUAUGCAGUGACAUGGGAGAAGGAAGUUGAGAAAGGAAGUUGGAAUUUUCACCAUUACUUGAAGACAUCAAAGAAAUACCCAUGGUUGAUGCUAUACCUAAGAUCAGAUGCAACGGUAGGAUUUUCUGGUGGAUAUCAUUAUCAAACAAGAGGAAUGUUGAAAAGGGUUCCAGAAUCACCAAAUUUCAAAGUGAGAUUCACAUUAGAAGUAAUGCAUGGAGGGGGACCAAGAAGCCAGUUUUACCUUAUGGACAUCGGCAGUUGUUGGAAGAACAAUGGGCAUCCAUGCAGCGGAGAUGUCACCUCAGAUGUUACUCGCUAUAGUGAGAUGAUCCUAAAUCCUAGCAUAGACUCAUGGUGCAAUCCCCAGAGCCUUGGGUCAUGUCCACCAUACCACACCCUCCCAAAUGGGACCCGCAUCCAUCGCACAGACAAAGAUAACUUCCCCUAUGAAGCUUAUCACCUGUACUGCUCUCCAGGAAAUGCUGAGCAUCUUGAAGAGCCCUAUAACCUGUGUGACCCAUAUAGCAAUCCUCAACCUCAGGAAAUACUGCAAAUUUUGCCUCAUCCUGUCUGGGGGGUAUAUGGAUAUCCAACCAAGAGGGGUGAAGGUUGGAUAGGUGACCCAAGAACAUGGGAACUUGAUGUUGGGAAGCUCUCAGACUCCCUUUAUUUCUACCAGGAUCCAGGGACUUCCCCAGCUAAGAGAUCAUGGCCAUCUAUUGAUCUGGGAACAGAGAUAUUCAUUAGUGAGAAUGAACACGCAGAAUGGAGAGUUGGUGACUUUGACAUAAUUAUUUGGAAUAGUGAUAAUUGAUUUCAAGAUUUUCCACUACUGUUUCUAUCGUCUUAUCUUUAUCAUGACUUUACAAGGGAGAGAACCAAUGAUAUAAUUCAUAAAAAUUCUUUCUAUAUGAGAAAAGCAAUAUUUACCCAAAA